GUACCCGACGGCCUAGCUUACGACCCCCAUGCUCGCCUUCUGUCCUGGCCAGGAGGACUGCACCCCAGCGAGGCGGAGCAGGCUCUUCGGCAGGCAGACGCCCUCGAUCACCCCUGGUUCCACCCCCACCUUCAUUUCAGGAACCACGGACGGCUCAUCUCCAACCGCACCUGCAACGAGUGCUCAGGGCAGUUCACAGACGUCCCCGUCACGUCAGACUCAGCGAGCCGAUGCUACGGCCACCGCCGCAACGUCUGACCCAACCAACGGCGACCAAGUUCAGGACGCCGGAACGUCUGCUUCGAAUGGAACAGCGUCAGGACAGAGCGGUACAUCGCAGGAUACCUCAAAUGCGACCGACUCUGCAGGGCAGACUCAAGACCCCUCUGAUGGUCAAACGUCCCCACCAGUAACCAGCCCGCCGACUAGUCCGCCGACCUCUCCUCCUACCUCUCCUCCAACUUCGCCACCGACUUCACCACCGACUUCUCCGCCUACGUCUCCCCCAACGUCUCCGCCCACCUCUCCGCCCACAUCCCCUCCGACAUCCCCUCCGACAUCUCCUCCAACAUCUCCUCCUACCUCCCCGCCCACAUCCCCACCGACCUCACCGCCUACAUCGCCUCCUACUUCGCCGCCCACAUCACCACCCACUUCUCCUGCUACUUCACCUCCUACAUCGCAGCCCUCAUCAUCAUCAGACCCUGGAACACCCACCACCACGUUCAGCUCUGACACCACUGCACUCUUCGAUGGAGCUCAGACUACUAUCACAUCGGCCGUAGGCACCACUGUUAUUGACGGGCAAACUUCCACUAUCUUCAGUGCUAUACCGACCACGCUCUCGCCAAACAGCACUGCAGACGGGGUAAGCUCCACGAAACGUGACAUCAUUGCAGGCUCGGUUGGCGGCGCCGCGUUCCUGAUCCUCGUCGCCGCUGUCUUCCUGUUCUACCGGCGGCACCAGAACAAGAAACUGUCGUUCUUCAAGCGCCUCCAGCCGAAACCGCGAACGCGCCUGCUCGACGGCGAGGACAUGGACGACUACGAGAUUGGGCCCCCCAUGGCGCGGUACAGCGACUACCCCGCCUCCGUCUCCUCGCACACGCCAUCAGCUUCCCAAUCACACAACCACUCCACCCCCACGCGCUCGCCCAACGCACCCUCCUUCAACGCCUCCCUCCAAGGCUCGCCCAUGGACCCAAACCGCACACCCACCCCCGGCGGAGCCGCUUCCUCGAUGCCCCACAUCCUCGGCAUGCGCGCCGAGACGGGCUCCCUCUUCCGCGAGGCCGUGUGGCCGCCGCCCGGACAGCCCAGCACGCUCGUCGACCCGCUCGUGAACGGCUCGAGCACGGUCGACCUCGGGCGCAUCGUCGACGACGUCAUGGGCCCCGGCGCAGGUGGCGUGGGCGCAGGCGCGGCCGCACACCCCCCGAGUGCGUACCGCGGCCCGGGCGGCCCAGGCGCGAGCAGCACGACGCUCGUCCCCGACGACCCCUUCGCGUCCCUCGCGUCGCUGAACACGGCCGCGCACUCGCAGGCGCAGCUCGCACAGUACCCGGGCCCGCCGUCCGCGAUGCACUCGCGCGAGACGAGCGAGACCCCACUGCUGCCCAAGUCUACCACCCCUGGGUUCUUCGACCGCGCGCGCGGCCGCGGCACGCCUGAGCCCCCUGGCUCGCCCGUGCCGAUGCCCAAGAUGGGCCCGCUGUUCGUGACGAACAUGGGCCCGCUGUCGCCCGAGGACACGGUGUCGCCCGGGUCGCCGCCGCCGACGGCGUCGGCGCAGCCGCGCAAUUGGCUCGAGCGCUCGCCGAAGAAGAUGGUGCGCGCGAGCUUGGACCGGGAGCGGGACGCGGCGGGGGUGCCGGAUAUCGACGUGACGGAGGCGUCGAGCGCGGGGCAUGGCGUCGGGGAGGCGAUGUGAUCCCUUGCUUUGGCGUUGUUGGUGGUCGGUGUUUCCUUCCAGGACCGGUCGUUAUGCUUAUUUCUCCGGGAUUGACCGCCUGCUCAGGCUUUGCUAUUUUCUCUUUUAGAACUCAGGGAGGGAAGAACGGGUGAACGACAGCUUACAGCGUGCUUGCCUGCACGCACGGACGCGCGGACAUCGCUUGGUAUCACACACACACACUACGCCCAGCCACGUACCUCACGAUCUCCAGCGGUCUCCACCACCAUCUACUUACCGUACCGUACACAUGCAUACCUGACACUACUACCCCUCGUCCCCUUCGGCGCCGCCAAAACGCGCGCCUCGUCUAUCCUUUUGCUUUGCUCGUCACGACCGCUUUACGAACACGCGUACUAUAUGCGACGACCUGCCUCGCGCAGCGGACUCGGAUCGGACUGCUCGGUGCUCCUCCUCGCUUACAGGUAUCCUAGGUACGGUAGCUUGCCGUGUGUAUAGCUCGCCUUGCUCACAGUACAUACUUG